AUGACUACAUCAGAUUACGCUAGAUUGGUCGAGUCGCUUAAAGCAUCUGACAUUUUGUCCACAUGGUCAGAUGUGAUCCCCUUGAAGGAGAUUUCUGGCAUUGCUACGGCAUCUUCUAAAGAUACAGAUCUUAACAACAAGCUCUUUGAAGGUCACGAUGAGGAACAGAUAAGACUCAUGGAAGAACUAUGCAUCGUUCUAGAUUACGACGAUAUUCCAAUCGGUGCUGGUACCAAGAAGUUGUGCCAUAUCAUGGAUAAUAUCAAUGCUGGUUUGUUGCAUCGGGCUUUCUCUGUUUUCCUUUUCAAUGAGGAUGGUAAGUUGUUGUUACAGCAAAGAGCUGACGAGAAGAUCACAUUUCCAAAUAUGUGGACCAAUACAUGUUGCUCACACCCUCUUUGUGUUCCGUCUGAAUUGGGAUUACUCCCUUCUGAUACAGGCGACAUAAAUGAUUUACCAACUGCCGUGAGAGGAGCAAAAGUUGCUGCACGCAGAAAGUUGUUUCACGAACUUGGAAUCCCCGAGGCUGACUGUCCAUUGGAAAAUUUUGACUACUUGACCAGAAUUCACUAUAAAUCAGCUAGUGGCGAAGAAACGUCAAAAUGGGGGGAACACGAAAUUGAUUACAUUCUUAUUUUAAAGACUAAGAAUGAUAUUACCGUUAAUGCAAACUACAAUGAGGUCAGAGAUUAUAAGUUUGUUAGUGCUGGUGAAUUAAGGGCCAUGUUCGAAGAUGAAAAACUCGUCUUUACUCCUUGGUUUAAGUUGAUUUGCGAGACAUUUUUGUUCAAAUGGUGGAGCAACCUUGACAACCUUAAACAAUUCGAAGAUGACAAGAUUCAUAGACUCCUUUAA